CCUUGAUCCAGAGUUAUUACCCCGCCUAUGUCGCAAGUCAAUCCGCGUUGGGCUCAAGAGUCAGAGGAGGUGAUACUGGGGUUUGUAAAGUAGGGAAAGUGGAACAGCGGUGAGGGCGUAUUUCAGGUUGAUGUCUUGACACGAGGCUAUGUUUGUCGUUUGCUUAAAUCUCACGGAAGCGGCACGCGCUCGUCGUGUGCCAGUACUGAGAGGGGGAAAACCUCAGUUAAUGUCAAAUUUGGGAAGCGGGGUGGAGGAAAUGGCAUUUCAGCUGCUGCUAGUGGUGACGCCUGAUAGUGAGCUUUAAUAAAGCGGGAUAUAUCUCUAGCAGCUGAAGAUGGUGAAUUCAAGUGUUUUAUUAUCGUCAUGGCAAACGGAACCGGCAGCAUCAUGUUGAAAUGCGUGGUCGUCGGCGACGGCGCCGUUGGAAAAACUUGUCUGCUGAUGAGCUACGCCAACGACGCCUUUCCUGAGGAAUAUGUGCCCACUGUCUUUGAUCAUUAUGCAGUGAGUGUGACGGCUGGGGGAAAACAGUACUUUCUAGGGCUGUAUGACACUGCGGGCCAGGUUGUGUUUCAGUGGAGCCAGCUGGUCCAAAUAAACUGGGAGGACUAUGAUCGCCUGCGACCCCUGUCCUACCCUAUGACAGAUGUCUUCCUCAUUUGCUUCUCCGUGGUGAAUCCAGCCAGCUUCCAGAACGUGAGAGAGGAGUGGGUCCCUGAGCUGCAGGAGUAUGCACCUAACGUCCCUUACUUGCUCAUUGGUACUCAGAUUGACCUGCGGGAUGAUCCCAAGACUAUUGCCAAGCUGAACGAUGUGAAGGAAAAGCCCAUUGUUACAGAACAGGGCCAGAAGCUAGCCAAGGAGAUUGGUGCCUGCUGUUAUGUUGAAUGCUCAGCACUGACACAGAAAGGCCUGAAGACUGUGUUUGAUGAGGCCAUUAUAGCCAUUCUGGCUCCUAAGAAAGGUGCGCUCAAGCGAAGACUGGGCCCACGCUGCAUCAACUGCUGCCUCAUCACAUGAUACACCAGCUCAGGGGCACCAGUGAAAGAAAGCAAGAACUGACAACCAACCAGAUUUCAAUCUGACUUUUGAACUCAAACAUGGCUUAGCAAUGGGCCCAGUCACCUGCGACUGAAAUAUGAAAGGUCCAAGUUAUGGGCGGAAUGACAAGAAGAACUGACAAAAAGACACACUUUUCAAUGACAAAAGAACAAUAAACAUUGAGAUGAAAAUGGACAAAAUGAUUUAUUGAACAUAUAAGCACAGAGAGUGAAAGAGAUGUCUGAGACACCCUUUCUAAUGACCCAAGAACUAUCAAACUGUAUUUCUGUGUCUGGCUUAUUAAGCACGAGUUCAUUUAAGAGACCAAACCCAGACAAGCCUAAACAGCACAACCAAACCCAUGGGUCAUUUACAGAAGUAAGACUUUUUUAACUUCAAAUAGGGAAACUCGGCAUCUCAAUUUGGCUUGCAAAACAGUUACUUUUUACAAAAUGUCAGUACUGGCUUUAUUAACAGUAAAAAGAGAGGAAUUGUAAAAUAAUUACUGCCAUUAGGAACAUAUGACAAAUAUCUAUUCUACAAAAAAAAAAAAAAAAAACAGAUUUUUUUUAUUUUUAUAAAUGUGACUUCGGAGUCGAGCAUCAUUUCUUGGAUUUGGAGCAGGUGCUGGUCUUUUGACUCCAGCCUGGAUCUCUUUCUCUCUCAGUUUCUAGUGGCCUGUGAUUGUGUCCUUUUCCUCACUUGAGCUUGUAGGUGAGCUGUUUGCGAUGCCAGUGGAUCCAGACAGGAGCAGCGAGGAGGCCAGUCAGAAAUCCAGUAGCUGCCCCAAGGGUACAAGAAAUGGGCCAAACCUGGACAGAGGAACCACAAAAUGAUCAAAGCUGUCUUUUAGCAGGAGCACAGGUGACUGACUGGAAAGUCUACAGAAUCACUGUACCAGCCAAAUUUUGUAUUCGAGACUGCUUUCUUCCUCUUUCUUUAAAGUUGAGAUUUGAGUGUUAUGUAUGGGUGGCCUUGCCUCUCAGGUGUGUGCCGACUGCUUUGCAUUUGGAAUUUUUGCUUCAUAUGAUCAAGGUGAUUUCAAAUGUUAUUUGAUUUUUUUUUUUCUGAAUUUCUUGCAGUUCAUGCUAAUAUGUGGAGUGGUCUUUUAAAGCUUUCAGUACAUUGUGAGCAACAAAAUUGCAAAUGUAAACUACAAAAGGCACAGAGAUUUUAUGAGAAGACAUUAAGUAUGAAAUUGCUGUUGAUGCCCAAUGCACAGUGGAUGAACAGAAUGUACAUUUAAUGACUUGCCUCAAAAUAUUUACAGGCUAUAAAAGUUUUUUUUCUAA